GACUGCAGCGAUGGCAUCCUCAGCAGAUGUACACGUCCGAAUAUGUGAACAAGAAAUCAUCAAGUAUGAUUUAGAAAUAAAAGCUCUCGUUCAGGAUGUCAGUGAAUGCACAGGACCACAAAGCGAACUGACAGAUUUAAAUUUUAAAGUAAAAGAAAAAUUCAACAAUCUUAGACAACGGAUUCAGGAUUUGGAGCAAAUGGGAAAAGAACAGGACAAAGAGUCUGACAAGCAGACUCUGCUCAAUAAAGCAGAAGGACAUCGGAAGCAGAUGCUUAGUAAUCAGACCGCUUGGAGGAAGGCGAAUCUCUCCUGUAAACUGUCCAUUGAUAAGCUGGAAAAGGAUGAUUUAUUAAAUUCAGAGGACAUGUCAAUAAGACAGAGAAAGAUGACGAAAGAAAGCCUCGCUCAGACCUCCAGUGACAUUACAGAGAGCCUAAUGAGCAUCAGCCGGAUGAUGGCACAGCAGGUUCAGCAGAGCGAGGAGACCAUGAGCACAUUAGCGACGUCUUCCAGGACCGUGUUGGAAACACAUGAAGAGUUUAAAGCCAUGACAGGAACUAUUCAGCUGGGCAGAAAGCUUAUCAUUAAAUACAAUCGACGAGAGCUUACAGAUAAGCUGCUCAUUUUCCUCGCUCUCGCUCUCUUUCUGGCUACAGUCUUGUACAUUCUGAAGAAAAGACUUUUUCCUUUCUUUUAAAUACAGACCAAAGUAUGAGCAAUGAACAUGUUGUUUUAAAAAGAAGAAAAAUGCACUUACAAGCUGUAAAAAUGUGUUGCUUUCCUUGUGAAAUUGUUGAUCAUGUCAUAGAAAUACAUACAUAAGUAUAUAAAUAAAUAAAUAAACAUAUAUAUAUAUAUACAUAUACAUACUACCAGUCAAACGUUUUUGAAGAAUAAGAUUUUUUAUGUUUUUUAAAGAAGUGUCUUUUGCUCACUACGCCUGCAUUUAUUUGAUCCAAAAUACAGCAAAAGCCGCAAUAUUGUAAAUAUUUUUACUGUUUAAAACAACUGCUUUCUAUUUUAAUAUAUUUUAAAAUGUAAUUUAUUUCUGUGAUCAAAGCAGAAUUUUCAGCAUCAUUACUCCAGUCUUCAGUGUCAUGUGAUCCUUUAGAAAUCAUUCUAAUAUGCUGAUUUGCUGAUUAUUAUUAUUAUUAUUAUCAAUAUUUAAAACAAGAGUACAAAUAGAAAAAAAAAAACCUUUGUAAUAUUAUACAUUAUAAUAUUACAAUAUUAUAUAUUUAUAUAUAUUUUUUAUAUAUUUUUUGGAAAUAAAUUAUAGAAAUUAAUACUUUUAUUUAGCAAGGAUGCUUUAAAUUGAUCAAAAGUGAGGAUAAAGAUAUUUAUAAUGUUACAAAAGAUUUCUAUUUCAGAAAAAUGCUGUUCUUCUGAACUUUCUAUUCAUCAAAGAAACUUGAAAAAAUUCUACUUAGUAGUUUUCAACAUAUUAAUAAUAAUAAAUGUUUUUUGAGCAGCAAAUCAGAAUAUUAGAAUGAUUUCUGAAGGAUCAUGUGACUGGAGUAAUGAUGCUAACAAUUCAGCUUUAAAAUCACAGGAAUAAAAUACUUUUAAAAAUAUAUUCAAAUAGAAAAAGUUAUUUUGAAUAGUAAAAAUAUUUUAAAAUUUUACUGUUUUUUGUUGGAUCAAAUAAAUGCAGGGUAUGUGAGCGGAAGAGACUUUUGUAAAAAAUAUUAAAAAUCUUAAUUAAAAACCCUUUGACUGGUUGUGUUUCUAGAUAGAUAGAUAGAUAGAUAGAUAGAUAGAUAAAAAAGACAUGUGAUGUGUGUUACUGUUGAAUGACCAAACUAUUAAAGCAGCAACUAAUUUCUUAUCAUUUUGUAGGCGUCAUAAAUGUCAUAAUGUUUCUGCCAUUAACUAUAAUGCGUCAUAUAUUUACAAUAACGUUAUUAUUAAGAGUAUAAUUAUAAAAACAAAUUUUGGAAAGUUAGACAGCAAAGAAAUCAUGCAAAAGAAGUGAAGUAUCAAUAAAAUCUCUUCAUUUUAAAAUGUUUUACAGUGUGAACCAAUGAUUAUUUCUGAUGAAAAACCUGGUCGAACCAAAUGUACAUUGCUGUUCAAAAGUAAGAUUUGUUUAGUGCCUUCAUAGUCUUUUAUGUUCACAAGGACUUUAUUUAUUUAAUCAAAAAUGCAGUGAAAACAGUACUAUUGUGAAAUAUUAUAAAUAACUGUUUUAUGUUUGAAACUAUGUUAAAACGUAAUUUGUUCCUGUGAUGCAAAGCUGAAUUUUCAGCAUCAUUACUGCAGUUUUCAGUGUCACAUGGUCUUUCAGAAAUCAUUCUAAUAUGCUGCUUUACUGGUCAUGUGUCUUAUAAAGA